GGCAUCCCCAUGGAUCUCCUUGCCGGCAUCGGCUGCGCCUGUGCCGGGCUCCUGGUACUGCUGGCGGCGGCGCUGCUGGGGGUGGCGUAUCGCUUGGGGCUGCUCUACCAGCUCUGGCAUAAGGUAGGGCCCCCGAAGCCCCGGCACGGUGGUGAGUUGGUGGCGGAGGUGCUGAAGGCGCACGGCGUCCGUUUCCUCUUCGCCUUGGCUGGUGGCCACAUCUCACCCAUCUUGGUGGCCAGCGAGAAGGUGGGCAUCCGCGUGGUGGACACCCGGCACGAAGCCACCGCCGUCUUCGCCGCCGAUGCUGUCUCCAGGCUCUCGGGUCGCAUCGGUGUCGCCGCCGUCACCGCCGGUCCCGGCGUCACCAACACGGUGACGGCCAUCAAGAACGCCCAGAUGGCCGAGUCACCGGUGCUGCUCAUCGGGGGAGCAGCCGCCUCGCUGCAGAAGGGUCGGGGAGCGCUGCAGGACAUCGACCAGCUCUCGCUCUUCAAGACGCUUUGCAAAGCGUGCGUGGCGGUGGGCGCCGUCCGCGACAUCGUCCCCACCCUCCGCAAAGCCAUCGCCACCGCGCAGUCGGGGACCCCCGGACCCGUCUUCGUGGAGUUCCCCAUCGAUGUGCUCUACCUCCACGUGGUGGAGAAGGAGAUCGGUGGCACCAAGAGCGCCCGGGGGCUGCGGGGAAAGGUGGUGCAGUGGUACCUCCAAAACUACAUCCGUAACCUCUUUGCGGGUGCCUGGGAGCCCCGGGACGUGUCCCCGUUGCCCGUGCAGGUGCCACUGGCCACCGAGGAGGAGGUGGGUGCACAGCGGUGCGCAGAGCUGGUGAGCCGGGCCACGAAGCCGCUGGUGCUGGUGGGCAGCCAGGCCGUGCUGCCGCCCACGCCGGCCGAGGAGCUGCGCGCGGCGCUGGAAGCCCUGGGCAUCCCCUGCUACCUGGGGGGGGCGGCGCGGGGGCUUCUCCCCCCCGGCAGCCCCCUCCUCCUGCGCCAGAACCGCCGCGACGCCCUGCGCGAUGCCGACCUGGUGCUGCUGGCAGGUGCCGUCUGUGAUUUUCGCCUCUCCUACGGGCGUCUUUUCGGGCGCCGCGCCGCCAUCGUGGCUGUUAACCGGGACCGGACGCAGCUUCUCCGCAAUUCCGAUGUCUUCUGGAAACCCCGUUGGGCGUUCUCGGCAGGCGACGCCGCCUCCUUCGUGGUGCGGUUGGCGCGGAGCCUGCGCGGCUACGCCUGCCCCAAGGACUGGGUGGAGGGGCUGCGCGAGGCCGAUCGGAAAAAGGAGCAGGCUAAUCGGGAGAAGGCAGCGACCCCCACCCCGCAACACCUGAACCCCCUGGACCUCCUGCACCGCCUGGAUGCGCUGCUGCCCCCCGAGAGCCUCCUCGUAGCCGACGGGGGGGACUUCGUGGGCACCGCUGCCUACAUCGUCCGUCCCCGCCGUCCCCUCGCCUGGCUAGACCCCGGAGCUUUCGGCACGUUGGGAGUCGGCGGAGGGUUCGCGCUCGGCGCCAAGCUCUGCCGUCCCGACGCGGAGGUUUGGGUCCUCUAUGGUGAUGGCUCGCUGGGCUACAGUUUGAUGGAGUUCGACACCUUCGUGCGGCACAAGACUCCUGUCAUCGCACUGGUGGGCAAUGACGCGUGCUGGAGCCAGAUUGCCCGGGAGCAGGUGGCUUUGCUGGGCAGCAACGUGGCGUGUGGCCUUGAGUACCUGGACUACCACGCGGUGGCUGAAGCUCUGGGUGGCAAAGGCUUUGUGGUGGGUCGCCCGGACCACGAGCGGCUGGAUGCUGUCCUCCGUGCCGCGCAGGAUGCGUGCCGCCAAGGCCACCCCGUCCUCGUCAAUGCCCUCAUCGGCAAGACCAACUUCCGUGACGGCUCUAUCUCUGUCUAAGGACAGUGUCCCCAAAAUGUCCCCACCGUGUCCCCAGCGGGGCGGGGGGACGAUGACAGAGGAAACGGGUGGGUUUAGGUGACACCGGUGCUGCUCACCCAACCCAGGGGACAGCCACGUCCCCCCCAGCAAUAAAGCAGCACCAUGUGCCCACACCCGCCAUCCUGUGCCAUCGCUUUGGGUGCCAACACCGUGGGGACACCCCAAGUGACACUUUGGGGACUGUCACACCCCCCGCCUUGUUGAGACGGCGUCGCGCCAACACAUGCACAAAGCCCGGCGGCGAGUGCAGCUUGUGUCAUUUAUUGCUGGUGACGGUGACAAGGUGGUGGCGGG